GCCAUCAACAAAUAAUCACCUCACUAGCUGCAAAUAUCGGAGACGUUUUAUAUCAAUCAGCUGUUUGUCGCGCUGAUUGCCGCGCGCAAAGCUCGGUUGUAGCGCAGACUGUGCGCAGAAGCACCAGCCGGUCUCUGCGCCACUGAGACGCUCUCUCUCCCCUCCUCCUCCACCUCGUCAACGGCAACAGCCAUCUGCCGCCUCUUUUAAUUUCAAACCCAGCAGAUUUUCCCACAAACGUCCAGCUUCACAUGACAGAACACAAACUGCGUUUGACGCUGUGGAGGACAGCUCGCUCUCCGCACGUAUUGCGCUGGAGCAGGAAGACAGCCGGGGCACAUUUCGCACACGACACUCCGUCUGCAGAGACAGGCUGUGGGAAAGACGAAGCGGAUUUGAAUUAAGCACCGGAUAACAGACAGCAACUCUGCGUCCUUCGGUGAGGGAGGGAGAGGAGGGAGGCAACUGUUUUGUAGCUAUCUUGGAAGCCCUGGGUUAGGAGAGGGGGGAGGAGGAGCGGAGAAUGAGCUAUUCUUGCACCAGCAGAGGCAACAGCCAGGACCCAUCAAGCGCUAAGAAGCCCGCCGGUAGUAAUCCAGCCAGAGACGCCGGAGGCACCGACAGCGGCACAGACAGCACCAGUAACGGCAGCCCCAAGCAGACGGCGGCGAUGAAAGUGAAGAAAGGCUGCAACUCGACCGACGUGGGGGUCCCGGUGACCACCGAGGAGCAACUGCUCGCCAGCACUGUGAUCACUCCGGAGGAUGUUCUUGGCUUGCAGAAGAUCACAGAGAAGGAGCAUUCAGCUCUCUCUGAUGGCAUCUCAGUCCUGCGACCUGUGGAGGUGCAAGCCCACCACUGUAAUGUGGAGGUUAAGCAGUGGAGAUGCAAACUGGUCUUCACUUCAGAUAAAGGAAGUGAGAAGAGGGAUAUUGACCCAAAUGCUGGCCGAUUCGUCCGUUACCAGUUCACCCCUGCGUUUCUCCGACUGCGGCAAGUUGGAGCCACUGUUGAGUUCACAGUCGGAGACAGACCGAUAGAGAAUUUCAGGAUGAUUGAGAGGCACUAUUUCAGAGAGAAGUUGCUCAAGAGUUUUGACUUUGAGUUUGGCUUCUGCAUGCCCAGCAGCAAGAACACCUGUGAACACAUCUACGAGUUCCCACCUCUGUCUGAAGACAUCAUCAGAGAGAUGAUCCUGCACCCGUAUGAGACACAGUCGGACAGCUUCUACUUUGUGGACAAUAAGUUGGUGAUGCACAACAAGGCAGACUACUCGUACAAUGGCGGGACGUAGAGGUGGCACGCUAACAGGAGAGCAAGCGGAGUUAUGGACUAAACCCGAGGGACGAUCAAAAUACACGUGUGGGGUUAACGUCCUGUUGAUCCUGCAGUCUCUCUCCCUGUAUCUCUUUCUCUCCCUCUUUGUUUUUCCUUCAGAGAGGAUGCAGUCAAGAAAAGGCCCACACAGAUGUGACACUUAUAAUCUGUGAGUGUGUGUGUGUGUGUGUGUGUAAGCACAUCUGGGUUUAUCAAAGCCUAACAGGAAACACACACACACACACACACACACACUGAUGCACACAGCUCAGUGUGGCGUCGCUGUAACAAAGUGUGUUUGUAACAUGAUAAACUUGCAAGUAAGCAACUUUUUAGGAAUUAUCAAAUGGUUUUUGCUCUCUAGCCACGUCAUGAAGUGAAAAAAGAAAAAAAUCUUUAAUUAUUGGUAGAAAUUAUUUACAUUUUAGGGUUUAGAAACGCGUCUGAAAACGUGUUUUUAGGACUUAAAAACAGUCUUUUGGAAAUCUGUUCUCAGAUUCAGUGAGUCUGUGUGUUUUGUAUGCGUGUGUGUGUUUGUAUGUGCGUGUGUCUACCCUUGCUUUUAGUGUCUUUUGUAUGAUCGUCUGUGUGUAUAAGUUUGAUGCAUGAUUGAUUUAAAUGUCAAUAACAUGAACAUCUGGUUGGCAAAGUUCAAAUAGAUUUCCAAACCCGUUUAGUGCAUAUUCUACAAAGUAGGCAGUAAGUAGUUAUUUUGUAUUUAUAAUUCCCUCCCCCUGUCCCUUUAUUCCUUUUAGUUUUAGUAGGACUUGUGUUUAUUAUAUCUGCUCAAAGCGCAACAUUUUACAACAAUCAGGAAACUUACAAAGACAAGCUGAGCUGAUAUGAAAUGUACUUUGUCAUCUGUGCAAAUUCAACUGUACUUCCAGCCCCAUGUUUCGUUGUUUAAGUGAUAAAGAAAACUUUAGAGAGGUGCAAAUUAUGUGUUUCAGAAGUUUCAAAAGAGACGAAAAGGAAAACAUGGGUUAGCAAAUGUUCAUGUUCACCCUGAAAUGUUCUGCAAAAAAAGAAAGGAUAAGGAAUGUAGCAGCAGUUACUUAAAGAACAGGUCACCCUUAAAUCUCUUCCAUUCUGUUGUUUCUCGUCAUGUCUUGUGUGAUGCGGAUAUUUUCUCUUUCUCAGGUUUUUUUUCCCUGUAAUAUCUUAUUUUCUGUCAAAUUGUUUUCAUUCAGAGACAUUCCAGCGAUUUAGACCAGAGUAUGGUGAUCCGAACACAGGAUUGCUCCAUACUGUAAUAUGCUCACUGUGCUUUUUGUCUGUUUGUGCUGAGACUCAAGAGCAACCACAUAGGUUCCUGCAUUUCUUUCCCUCAUCACACACUCUAAUUUGAUGCACUAGAGAUUGAUAUUAGUUUAUGUGACUGAUGAUUUUAAUGAGUCUAAAUUUAAAAUGCAGUUAAUUUAGACAGAUACUGCAUCGUAUUUGCAAACACUCACAAAUCUAUGAAUAACAGGCCAGCUGAAUCAAAGUUACUCAAAUGUACCUGCUGGGUGUUCAGAUUAACAGAGGAAAUUGUGGACAUGGAUUGAUUCAAACUGGCACUGCUUUGUUGAUUUCAUCCUGCACAACAGACAAAGUACGAAACAUUUAUAAUAGUUGUGAAAUGAACAGGAGGGGACUCAGAUUUGACUUAAUCAGAGAUUAAGCCAAUUAACAUGAAUGUUAUUUUAAAAAAAAAAAGUAAUACAGAUAUGUAGAACAGAUUUAUAUAUGACUGUGACUCGUGCAAAUUAUUUUGAACUCGGGAAGUUUUUGACAAUACAAAUGUUGGUGUGACUGAAAAAAGUAAAAAUAAAAGAUUUUGAAAUAUCA